CAUGGUGGCCACCGAGGGGCUGCGCGAGAUGGAGGGCAGCGCGCUGCGCCGCCUCGUCGGCCGCGACGAGGCCGGGGCCGGCGGCGCCGCGCGGUGCCUGGUGCUGGACUGCCGCCCCUUCCUGGCGCACAGCGCCGGGCACAUCCGCGGGGCGCUCAACGUGCGCUGCAACACGAUCGUGCGGCGGCGGGCGAAGGGCGCCGUGAGCCUGGAGCAGAUCCUGCCGGCCGAGGGCGAGGUGCGGGCGCGGCUGCGGGCCGGGCUCUACUCCGCCGUCGUGGUGUACGACGAGCGCAGCCCGCGCGCCGAGGCCCUGCGCGAGGACAGCACCGUGGCGCUCGUGGUGCGCGCGCUCCGUCGCGACACGGCGCGCGCCGACAUCCGCCUCCUGGCAGGGGGCUAUGAGCGCUUCUCCUCGGAGUACCCUGAAUUCUGCGCAAAAACCAAGUCCCUGAGCAAUGUGUCACCCCCCACCAGCGCUGAGCCCCUGGAUCUGGGCUGCAGUUCCUGUGGGACCCCUUUCCAUGACCAGGGUGGGCCUGUGGAGAUCCUUCCCUUCCUCUACCUUGGCAGCGCCUACCACGCAGCCCGGCGGGACAUGCUUGAUGCACUGGGCAUCACAGCCCUGCUGAACGUCUCCUCAGACUGCCCCAACCACUUUGAGGGGCACUACCAGUACAAGUGUAUCCCUGUGGAGGAUAACCACAAAGCUGACAUCAGCUCCUGGUUCAUGGAGGCAAUUGAGUACAUUGACUCAGUGAAGGAGUGCUGUGGCCGGGUCCUGGUGCACUGCCAGGCUGGCAUCUCCCGCUCAGCCACCAUCUGCUUGGCGUACCUGAUGAUGAAGAAACGUGUCAAGCUAGAGGAGGCCUUUGAGUUUGUCAAGCAGCGCCGGAGCAUCAUCUCCCCCAACUUCAGCUUCAUGGGGCAGCUGCUGCAGUUUGAGUCGCAGGUGUUAGCCACUUCAUACGCAGUGGAGGCCGUCAGCCCCUCGGGGACACUGCGGGAGCGGGGCAAGGCCACCUCCACCCCCACCUCGCAGUUUGUCUUCAGCUUCCCAGUGUCUGUCGGUGUCCAUGCCACCCCCAGCAGCCUCCCCUACCUGCACAGCCCCAUCACCACGUCGCCCAGCUGUUAGCUCAGGGCCGAGGCCAGCCGGGCAGGUAGUGCCAGGCGUGCAGGGGCGUGGAGCCCUGUGAUGUUAAGCAAUAGUGCCGGACACUGCCAUUCACCCUGGACUCACCAUCCUUUUCGUAGGGAAAUUUUUUACCUCAUCUUGGUUUGUUUGCUUUUUAUUGUUAUGUUUUGAAAGCACGAGGUUGUAAAAGCCACAAACCUUGACACUGUCCAGGCUCUUUGGGGGAGGAAAAAGAUAGUAUACUGGGUUUCCUCAAGUGCCUGGUCUUCACGUGUUUCCAUCCCUAUUUUAUUGUCUUGUUUUUUUACACCUCCCCUUCUCCCCAUGUUUCUGCCUCAGCUCAUCUAGGUUGACAAAGGAGCAUACCCUGUUUUAUUGUGCAGCAGCCUUCCCCCUUGCAGAGAGACCUGUGUGUUUAUGGCAAGUGCUGCUUACCUGAGCCAGGUACACUUUGGACAAGCAGAGCUGCAGGCAGGGCUUUGGGGUGAGCAGGAGUGGUGGCACAGGGCUGCCUGCACUCAGCCUCAGCCCUGCCAGUGGCUGGGGAGAUGAGGCAGGAGCUGGCAGGCACCUGCCAAGUCACCAGCUGAGCCUAUUCCAGGGGGAGAGCAAUUUCUGUGGUUGGGAAGUGGUUUGGAGGGAGAGAUGUAGUCUGAAAUGCCUUUUCUUGCCUCUGUGGAUCACUGGUUUCUAGAAAACUUAGGUCCAAUCUCCUGUGGCUUUAAGAUGAGAAAGAAGGGGUUGGGGCAGCAGUCUGGGCUGCUUUUGAUUACUCUGCUCAGUUUCCUCUCCACCAGUCCCACUGCUGCUCUUCCAAAAGGAGCAGGAUGGGACAUGGGUGGGCUGUAAUGGAAGAGAGAAGCUGUGGGGUGGAGGACAGGCUGGCCCAGAGGUGUCAUUCAUCCAGCAUUUUCAAGCUUCUCCCACAUCAUGACCAGCCCUUUUCAUGUGCUGAGUCUUGUUCACCUGUGCAACAUUUCUGCAGCUUUUGGUCCAAGCCUUGAAAAUGCCUCAUCUUCAACCCACCUGGAGCCUUAUUUCCCACCCUACCUCUGUCCUUCCCUCCAGUCCAGUCCAACACACAAGAUGCCUGUGUGGCUGAUGUACAUAUGUAUGGUUUUGUUCUUUUUUUUUUUUUUUCUAGAAAUUAACUUUUUAUUUAUUGCCUGAGGGAGGGAGAAAACAUUGUUUGGAGAAAAUAAAAAUAAAACUGUUUUCAACAGUUUGGCUGGAGCAAAUUUGUCCUAAGAGCAAGACAGAACAGCAGGUUGUGCACACAUUCCAUUUUCACAGAGCAACUGUUAAAAAUGUAUUUAUUGACUUUUAAACUAUUACAAGUAUUGCAGAUCAGACAUUUAGCCAAGCACACUUAUAGAUCAAACUCAGUUGUUACAGAGAUGUUACCUAAAGUC